GUGCCCCACGUUUGGGGGGGUCGUGGAGUGCCAUGGAACGUAAUACCCCCUUUGAAAUUUGUCAUCCUCAAAACAACAGGAUUCGUCCCAAAAGUGUGCAAUUUGAUUAUAACAUCCUCUCACAUGAGGACCAUGCCAGGCUCAUAUAUGUUAAUGACCCUAUCACCACCAAUGAAACCUAUGAGUUCACAGGAAACCAGAUUAAAACCAGCAAAUACACUCUUCUUACCUUCUUGCCCAAGAAUCUAUUCAUUCAGUUUCACCGGGUUGCUUAUCUCUAUUUCCUUGCUAUUGCUGCCCUCAAUCAGCUUCCUCCCCUUGCUGUUUUUGGCCGAACCGUGUCCCUUUUCCCCCUCUUGUUGGUGCUCUGCGUCACCGCCAUCAAGGAUGCAUACGAGGAUUGGCGCAGGCACAGGGCUGAUCGCAAUGAAAACAAUCGAGAGUGUCUGGUUCUUCAAUCUGCUCGGUUCUGCUCCAAGAGAUGGAAAAAUAUGCAGGCUGGCGACGUCGUUAAAAUCUUUGCUGAUGAUAUGAUUCCUGCUGACAUGGUCUUGUUGGGGACAAGUGAUCAAAGUGGGAUUGCCUAUAUUCAGACGAUGAAUUUGGAUGGAGAAUCCAAUUUGAAGACAAGGUAUGCUAAGCAGGAAACAGCUUCAGCCGUAUCGCCAGAAGCUUGUUCUGUCUCUGGAGUUAUUAGAUGUGAGCAACCUAAUCGAAAUAUUUAUGAGUUCACGGCCAACAUGGAGUUCAAUGGGCUUAAGUUUCCCCUUAACCAGUCAAACAUUGUGCUGCGUGGUUGCGUGCUGAAGAACACGGAUUGGAUAAUUGGUGUUGUGGUUUAUGCAGGAAAGGAAACAAAAGCAAUGAUGAACAGUGCAGCUUCCCCUUCCAAGAGAAGCAAACUGGAAAUUUACAUGAAUAGAGAAACCUUUUGGUUGUCAGUUUUCCUUUUCAUCAUGUGUGCAGUUGUGGCCAUUGGGAUGGGUCUCUGGCUGGUACGCCACAAGGAUCAGCUUGAUACCUUGCCUUACUACAGAAAAACCUACUCCAACAAUGGGCCAAACAAUGGAAAGAAGUACAGAUAUUAUGGCAUACCGAUGGAAACAUUAUUUUCCUUUUUGAGUUCUAUUAUAGUGUUUCAGAUAAUGAUCCCGAUAUCACUUUACAUCACAAUGGAAUUGGUUCGUUUGGGUCAGUCUUACUUUAUGAUAGAAGACAAGGACAUGUAUGAUGCUAACUCUGGAUCAAGGUUCCAAUGUAGAUCAUUGAAUAUCAACGAAGAUUUGGGUCAAAUACGCUAUGUGUUUUCAGACAAGACAGGAACACUAACAGAAAACAAGAUGGAGUUCCAGAGAGCCAGUGUGCAUGGAAAGAACUAUGGGAGUUCCUUGCUUAUGAGUGAUAACAAUACAGCAGCAGCCGUUAGUGGUAAACGAAGAUGGAAGCUCAAAUCUGAAAUUGCUGUUGAUUCUGAGCUAAUGGCAUUGUUGCAGAAAGACUCAAAUAGCGAUGAAAGAAUUGCUGCUCAUGAAUUUUUCCUUACAUUGGCUGCUUGUAAUACUGUGAUCCCCAUUGUUAGUAGCAGUAGGUCUUCUAGUUACGGAAAAGGAGAAUCAAAUGAAGAUAUAGAAGUUAUAGAUUACCAGGGAGAAUCUCCUGAUGAACAAGCUCUAGUUUCUGCAGCCUCUACAUAUGGAUAUACUCUAUUUGAGCGAACAUCUGGACAUAUUGUUAUUGACGUCAAUGGUGAGAAACUCAGGUUGGAGGUAUUGGGCCUGCAUGAGUUUGAUAGUGUGCGAAAGAGGAUGUCUGUUGUUAUCCGGUUUCCUGACAAUGUUGUAAAGGUGUUGGUUAAAGGCGCUGAUACUUCAAUGCUUAGCAUUUUAACAAAUGACAAUGCAAGCAAGGAUGGCCUACGGCAUGUAACCCAGAGUCAUUUGACUGAAUAUUCUUUGCAAGGUUUAAGAACUCUUGUAAUUGCCUCCAGGGAUCUGUCAAAUGCUGAGUUUGAGAAGUGGCAAAGCAUGUAUGAAGAUGCCAGCACUUCAUUGACUGAUCGAACUGCAAAACUACGUCGAACAGCCGCUCUAAUAGAAUGCAACCUAAAACUACUUGGAGUAACUGGAAUUGAGGACAAGCUGCAAGAGGGUGUACCAGAAGCCAUUGAGUCCCUGCGGCAAGCUGGAAUCAAGGUCUGGGUUCUCACUGGUGAUAAGCAAGAGACUGCAAUUUCAAUUGGUCUUUCCUGUAAACUUCUCGGUGCUGAAAUGCAACAGAUAAUUAUAAAUGGAACUUCAGAGGUUGAGUGCAGAAAUCUCUUGGCUGAUGCUAUAGAGAAAUAUGGUGUGAGAUCUUCAAGUAGAGGUCAUCAGAAUCUGAAGCACAAAACUGAUGCUAGACAUGGUGGCCCUGAUAUUCCCAAUGACACAAAGUCAUUGAGCAUGCCCAAGUGGAAUCCAGGAAACGAGGAAGGAACUAAUGCUCAGUUGGCACUCAUAAUUGAUGGAACCAGUUUGGUUUAUAUUUUGGAGAAGGAACUGGAGUCAGAGCUUUUCGACCUUGCAACUUCCUGUAGGGUUGUGCUAUGCUGCCGUGUUGCACCCUUGCAGAAAGCAGGAAUUGUUGAUAUGAUAAAAAGCCGCACAGAUGAUCUGACAUUAGCUAUAGGUGAUGGGGCAAAUGAUGUGUCAAUGAUCCAAAUGGCCGAUGUUGGUGUUGGAAUAUGUGGGAACGAAGGGCGCCAAGCAGUGAUGGCGUCAGAUUUUGCUAUGGGACAAUUUCAGUUCUUGAAAAGAUUACUUCUGGUUCACGGGCACUGGAAUUAUCAGCGUGUUGGUUAUUUAGUUCUGUACAACUUCUACCGCAAUGCUGUCUUUGUGUUGAUGCUAUUUUGGUAUAUAUUAUGCACUGCUUUUUCUACAACUUCGGCAUUGACAGAUUGGAGUAGUGUACUUUAUUCUGUGAUAUACACAUCUAUCCCUACUAUCUUUGUUGGUAUUUUGGACAAAGACUUGAGUCAGAGGACACUUUUGCAGUAUCCAAAAUUGUAUGGUGCAGGUCACCGGCAUGAGGCUUACAAUAUGCAGUUAUUUUGGAUCACAAUGAUUGACACACUAUGGCAGAGCCUUGUUCUCUUCUACAUUCCCCUAUUCACCUAUAAGGACAGCACAAUUGAUAUAUGGAGCAUGGGCAGUUUAUGGACAGUUUCAGUUGCUAUCGUUGUAAAUGUACACUUGGCUAUGGAUAUUUACAAUUGGGUAUUAAUUAAUCAUGUUGCCGUAUGGGGAUCAAUAGUCAUUACAUACGGUUGUGUGAUGGUAUUGGAUUCUAUACCUGUCUUUCCUAAUUACGGGACAAUUUAUCAUUUGGCAAAGUCCCCUACAUAUUGGAUUACAAUUUUGCUUAUAACAAUUCUGGCAUUGUUCCCUCGCUUUUUUUGCAAAGUUGUCUUUCAAAUAUUUUUGCCUUCGGAUAUCCAGAUUGCUAGAGAAGCUGAGAUAAUGAGUAAACAACAUGAUGAUUUGCAGUCAAGGCAACCAAUUUCUAAUUAACUUACUAUCUUCUAGAAACUACAGAAAUGUCAUUGCAAUCACAUAUGUUCAUGACAUUGCAUUCUUGUGGCAGUUGGCUGUAUAAGUGACCAGGUGAGUAGCAGCAGCCAAUUGCACCAGGGUGAAGCAGAUGCAUGCUUCAUGCAUAUUAACCAAGUAUGUCGUGAGGAAUCACAUGUAAAGUAAUGAAGCCAAGCCUAGUAAAUGCCUCGGGUAAUGGAGGUAAAAGGACAGGGAGGUUAGAAGGUUAUAGAGGUCUCUCAGCAAUUAGUUGUGGGCGAAAUUUGGUAAGUGGGGCAUUGGCGACAUGAUUAUGAUCCCCUGGUCUUGAGAAUUGCUUGUUGAGAGAAUGGAUACCAAGUAACCAAAUGUACAACAGUUCUGUAAAAAUCUGGCUUGUAUUACCCCCCUUUAAAAAGAAGAAAGAUAAUU